AUGCCGCGCCGUGCGACAUUAUAUACAGACGAAGGCCGACUCCCUCCAGGUAUGGAGCGCGUCGGCUAUGAUUCUGACACCGGGAAAUACACUUUCCGGGCGUCAGAUGGUUCGCUCUGGGAGACGGCUUCCGGAAUGGAGUACGGGGAGUUGACGAGAGUCGGCGGUAGCUCGCCGGCAGAUUUGGAGUUCCGGGCGAGGAACCCCCAGUUCUUCCAGUCCGAGCCAGCGGCGUCAACUACUGACGUCGCCGCAGGUCAAGGUCAACAGGACAUUGGAAAUAUCGUGUCACCUCCACGUCCGGCUGGUGGGCUUCAGAGAAGCUCAUCACGCCUGGGAUCUCUCCGCCAGCGAGUGAAGUUUGUAAAGACCUCACUAGCUGGAAGUGUCAACAAGACACUGGAAGAGGUCAAGUCUGCCUUCAACAAAACCUAA